GGUUUCGACUGAUGGUUUCGUUUUCGGGAAAUGGAGAGAGAUGGAUAGGCUAUAUAUUCGCUGCGGAGGUUGAUCUGUUUACACUCGUUCAACAUCUCGUGCAGGAACAGGAGACAACUCAAAUGUAAGAUGGACAGAAAUAACUGGUCUUGUUGGUUUAGGUCUCUAGACCAGGGGAUAGGCAACGUCUGUCCCCCCGGAGUGCCGCUGUCCUCCAGAGUUUAGCUGUAACCACGAACAAGCUAAUCAAAGUCUUCAGGAUUACUAAGGCUACAAACAGGAUUUCAGCCUUUCUGAUGCUGUGGCUUCUUAUUUGUGUUGGCUCCUCUCCCCUCUCAGUGGUUGUCCAUACGUCAUCAAGGGUCGGUCUGCCAGCUGUCCUGCCGUGUUCUGUGGCAUCACACCUGGAGUCUAAUCACAAGCCUCACAUUCAGUGGCAGACCAUAAGGGAUUCGGUGUUUGAGCGAAUGGGACAGGAGCAGUUUCAGGGGGAGGCUUAUAGAGACCGGGCAGAUGUCCCACAGGAACUGCUUGUGAAGGGAAACUGCUCUCUGUUCUUGCAGGAUGUCAGAUUCAGCGAUGCAGGCAUUUAUGAGAGUUACUUGGUGGUUGGUGGAUUGAGUAUCAAGAAACGAAUUUUCAUUCAGAGCGUCCACCUUGCAGUAAUCGAUCACAAGGACAUCAAAUCUGUGCAGACUGGGGCAGAACUGAUCCUGGAUCUGCACACGCCACAAGCUGAACAAGUGAUUUUUCAAAACAGUAAUGAAACUGACUGGGCAGUCCUGUGGGAAAAAGAUGCAGUCAUAAACAAGAGAGGUUAUCUGAAAAAGAGAGACAAGAUUUUAAUUCUCAGUAAUGUUGCGGCCCGCAGCGCCGGAACAUACAAAGUUCUUGACUCAGAGGGUUUGGCUCUCAGCACAGUGAAGGUCACUGUUACAGAACCUGUGCUACCAAAAGAAACAGAAACUCUGCAAUUAAAGUCUGCAUUGGGUGAAGCUUCAAUGAAUAUGCCAGCUUUAAGCCUCAUUACUCUUUUCCUCACGUUUCAUCUAAUGCUUCAAACGAAUUGAGAUUGUUCUGGUUUUAACUGUAUUUUUCAUGUAACUUUUGACUGAGCAAUAUAAGGCUACACUGUGGGAAAACAGUUGUGAAAAGAGUGUUGUUUUAGAUACUGUAUUUUAUAAGUCUCUUCUCUUGGCAUCUAUGAAGGCUCACUAAUGUGUGAAUACCUGAAACCUGUGUGUGUGACUUUUGUAGGGGUUGCUUUAUGUACAGUGACUUAUUAAAAUAAUGUAAAAUUGUAGAGUUAAUAUAUAAUAAACAAAUAGCAGAAGAUGAAGGUUUUUUUAACUGUUUGAUGUUUUUGUUAUUUGAACAUUUCAGCGAUCCUGAUAUAGAUUUAUAUAAAAAAUGCAUUUAGAUUAGUAGAAAUUUGAUGCAAAAAAAGUAUUAUCAGCAUUUACCUGUACUUUUGCUAUCGCAUUAAAUGCGUAGCAUGAGAUUAGAGUAGAUUCAUUAAAAUAUUAAAAUUCAGAUGUUUAUCAUAUCUUUGUACACAAUGGAUGACUUCACCAUUGUUAUAUUUAAGAUGCUUGGUGCAUGGACCUAUUAAUGAUGUUUUAAUCCCUUUUAUCUAAAAUAUUGUAAUUAUCAGAAAAAAAAGACACUGUGUUGUCUAAGUGAAAAGUUUAAUGAAGUCAUCGGAUGCCACAUCCACUUUAACCAGCUGUUUGAAAUGUGUGCUGGCAGUGUGUGUACACAAACACCCUAUAAUUAUAAAAAUCCACCCAGUGUUUUUUUUUUUAUCUCGUUAAAUCAUUUCUUAAAUUGAGCUAAUCUCCGAUGCUAAGAUCCUAAGCGAUUGAGGUGUUCAGUUGUUGGAUGUGAUAAUGAACACGCAGAGGAUUGCUUUUUUUUUUUAAGGGAAUGCACCUUGAUCUACUACAUGCGUCUAUCUUCGUGCAAAUCAUUUGUGAUCCAGCUUCACCAACAGAAGAUAGUAUAAGGUUUUUCUUUUAUGAAUCUAUACAAAUUGCCUUCCCUAAUAACAUGCUACUUAGCAAGUUUCACAAUGAAUGUGGCUAAAGUUUACAGUCUCUCAGAUAGCGGCUUGGAAGAGGGGGCGGAGUCAGCAGAGCUCAUUAACAUUUAAAGGAACAGGCAACAAAACAGCUUGCUGUAAACAAAGCUGUUUUUGACAGGGUAAAAGGGUGUUGUUUAACCUCCCGUGCUCUCGUGAAGCCCAUAUGGAAGCUCCUAUACGUGACUUAAACUGUGACCUCGAAUGACCGCUAGAGGUUGGCGGCAAAAGGGAGUAAAUCCCAUAGACAAUCGAUGUUAAAAUAACCAACUUUACAGCAGAGAGA